UGAUACUCUCGUGUUGUUGUGAAACACUUCGCAAAUAAUGAACAAAAUAUAUAUUUAUUUAUUGAAAUAUUUAUGUGAAUAUUAAGUGGAUUUAACACAAAAUUUGAUAUAAUUUUUAUUAAGUUUUAUGGAAAUUUAUUUGUAAAUGAGUUUGCGUUGAGUUGGGUCAGUGGUGAGGCGAUUGGGGGUAUGGAUCGCAUCCACGACCGCGCGUCGAAAUACCUGCGGUCGGCGGCCAAGUGGACGGCCUCUUACGUGACGUCCAUCGGCUCAAUGCGACCCUAUAUUAAGCGCGCGAACACCGAACCCAUUGAUCACAGUAUUUACCACUUUGACGACGACGAUGAUGACUGCGGUAUUGGUGGUCGCGAUCAGUUGUCGAGGUCUCCCCCGGCCUCCUAUUAUCGCUCCGACUUUGAUUACCAAACCCCUGACCACCGGUCCAGCCAUACCUCUGAUUACCGCUCACUGGUUGCCAGUCAGGGCUGUAGUACCGCUAAUGAAGCCAAUUGUGUCGAUGAUAGUGGACAUGCUUUUUAUGACAUCCCUCCAAACGACAAUGAGCCGUCACUUUCUGAACAAUUACUCCAAUUGGACUCAUCGCCCAUCAAAAGGCCCUCUCCGUCGCCUACCGAUCAACGGGCGGUCAGACGUAACCCCCGGCCCGCCAUACGCCGUCACUUACCGGUGAUUAACGCUGGCGGUGGUGUAGUGUCGGGCGCCGCCGCCUAUCAGUCGCCAUACCCGUCAACUAAUGCCAACUACUUUAGUGAUAGCGCUAACUGUGGUAAUAGUGUCGGCGCUCGUGAUAUACACCCGCGCGAGAGAGCCCUCCAACAAAUGCAACACAAAUACCACACUUGUGUUGACUCGCGAGACACGGAAUAUAGUGUCCAAAGCACUGGUUGUAUAGACAGUGAGAUAGUGACCGAUCGGAGCCCAAGACGUCUAGAAAUACCUCCUUAUUGUGAUAAUAGAGAUAGCGAUUCAAGCGAUUGUGAUCUCAAUAAAAUAGUGUGUGAUAUCAGCGAUAGUAGAGAUUUAUUGCCGCCAUUGCCUCCAAUGCCCCGACUGUUGCCGCAGUUGUGGCGAAAAGACAACAAAAGUCCGCCGAUGACUGGUCUCUACGAGGAGGAGGAGGACGAGGAGCUGAUGGGUUCGGAUGGCGAUGACGAACAGGAGGACCCGCAGGACUACGUGAAGGGUGGCUACCAUCCCGUCAAGAUCAGCGACGUCUUCAACAACCGCUAUUGUGUCGUACGGAAGCUCGGUUGGGGCCACUUCUCCACCGUAUGGCUCUGUUGGGACCUCACGUACGUACACAUGACAUGUCAUGUACGAGAAAGUGAUUCCCAGGACCCGUACGGGCACCGAGUGGUCCGCCUGUUAGACGACUUCAAGAUUAGUGGUGUUAACGGAACCCAUGUUUGUAUGGUAUUCGAGGUGUUGGGCUGUAAUCUAUUGAAACUCAUUAUCCGAUCUAAUUAUGAGGGCAUUCCUCUCACUAAUGUUAAGCGAAUAAUACGACAGGUUUUAGAGGGUUUGGAGUAUUUGCACACAAAAUGCAAGAUCAUUCACACCGACAUUAAGCCCGAGAACAUACUGUUAACUGUGGACGAGUCGUACGUGAGACGACUGGCCAACGAGGCCUACCAGUGGCAACAAAUGGGAGUCAAGUUACCCGGAUCACUCAUCUCGACCGCCCCGAAGGAACUGUUAGGUCCGUCGACGGCCACAAAGAUGUCGAAGAAUAAGAAGAAAAAGUUGAAAAAGAAAGCGAAAAAAGUGGCGGAAAUUCGAGAGAUCCAAAUGCAACAGUUGGCAGAAGUGGAACUCAGGGAACAGUUGACUACCGGCCCGGCCGGCGGGUCUUCCUGUCCGCGACUGCCCUACGAAUACGACGGUUUGCCCACCGAUGAGGACGACUGCGGUGUCGUUCACCACCGAAACGGCGCCGAACGGCUGCGCUGUGUGGACGAGGAGGAGGUGGAAGAGGCCUCAGAGGCGUACCCAUCGAAUCACGUGACGGGUUCAGACAUGUGCAACGGACACCGCUAUCCGCACACCAGGAUUACGGUGGAGGACAGCGACGCCCUCGGAGUGGAUAACGUAAACAUUAGUGAGACGUCGAGCGCCCGGAACCGUUUAGAGAGGUCUGAAAGCGCUUUAGUUACUAAUUACCAAAAAUGCAAAGAAUCUGGUAUUAGACGAGUGGCCAGUUGUCCCGAUCAACAAAAAAUGAUGGAUCACUCGCCUGAUCCGUCGCACGAAAAUUGUGAUAUUGAUGUCAAGAUCGCAGAUCUUGGGAACGCCUGUUGGGAGGAUCAUCACUUCACUGAAGACAUCCAAACUCGUCAGUACAGGUGUUUGGAAGUAAUAUUGGGCGCCGGCUAUGGCUCGCCCGCAGACAUCUGGUCGACGGCUUGCAUGGCAUUCGAGUUGGCGACCGGAGACUAUCUCUUCGAACCUCACUCUGCGGAAGAAUACUCUCGAGAUGACGACCAUUUGGCGCAUAUCAUCGAACUCUUGGGUCCCAUCCCGAAGAACAUCGCGUUUACCGGUCGCUACUCCAGAGAGUUCUUCAAUAAAAGAGGCGAACUGCGAAACAUUCACUCAUUAAAACCGUGGGGUUUAUGCGAAGUGUUGACCGAGAAGUACGACUGGAGUGUCUCCAAAGCGGAACAGUUCGCCGACUUCUUGAUGCCGAUGUUGGCGUACGACCCGCUCAAGAGGGCAAAGGCCAAGGACUGUCUGCAACAUCCGUGGCUCGCGGACACCGACGGCCCGACCGGCGACUACUCGUUAUAAUUCAUUCAUAUAUUGAACGCAAUUUAAAAACUACAACAAAAACACUAAAACACAUAAUUUGUUAGUAAAACAAAACUCUUGUUUUUUAGAUAUGAAUUACAUUUUGAAUUCUAAUUGCAUUUUAUUUAAGAUUCUAUACAAAUGACAACAUAAGUGAUUGUCUCAUAAAGUAGUUUAUAAACUAAAAACCGAUUCACA